GACAGCGGUGACAAACAUUAGCAAAACAACAUUGGUCCCGCCCCCCCCAAAGGCUCUCCUUUUUUCUUUUUUCUAUUUAAACCCUGCCUUGCAGCGUUGUGUCCAGCAGGGGGCGGACUGGCCGUGAAACGGUGCUUUCGUGGCUGUAACGUGAUAUUACAAAAGCACGCCACUCGGCUCUUGUUGGUGGAAAUGUGUCUUUCUUCGCCAGGGGGAGCAGGACGCUUGCGCUCUCGAGGACUAUUGCCAAGAGCGAGGACCGACGGUGACGUUCAGUAACCUGCACUACUGCGUUCGGGAGAGCAGGCUCUGCCGAAAGAAAGGUCCGGAAAAGUCCAUCCUCAAAGAUGUCAGUGGCAUCAUGAGACCCGGGAUGAACGCCAUCAUGGGCGCCACAGGAAGUGGGAAAACAUCGCUACUGGAUGUCAUCGCGGGAAGAAAAGACCCCGCUGGACUUCGCCAAGGAAAAGUCCUGGUGGAUGGCAGGCCCGUGACCUCUGACCUCAGGCUUAGUUCUGCUUAUGUGGUCCAGGACGACAUCCUGAUGGGAACGCUGACAAUUCGGGAGAACCUUCUCUUCAGCGCCAACCUGCGUCUGGACCCUCGACGCCAUUCCGCCGCGGAAAAGCGCAGCAGGGUCACGACUAUCAUCGAGGACCUGGGACUGGCUGACUGCGCAGACAGCAAGAUAGGGACGGAGUUUCUACGCGGGGUGUCAGGCGGCGAGAGGAAGCGCUGCAGCAUCGGGAUGGAGCUCAUCACCUCUCCUUCUCUGCUCUUCCUGGAUGAACCCACCACCGGGCUGGACUCCAACACGGCCAACUGCAUCAUCGGCCUGCUGCACAAACUCUCCAGGCGAGGCAAGACCGUCAUCUUCUCCAUCCACCAGCCGCGCUUCUCCAUCUUCAGGCGUUUCGACCACCUGACGCUCAUGCACAAAGGGGAGGUGGUGUACGCGGGGGCGGCCCACCGGGCGCUGGAGUACUUCACCAACCUCGGCUUCCAGAUCGAGUCCUUGGACAACCCCGCCGAUUUCUUCAUGGACGUCACAAACGGAGAAGCUCAAUCUUCUCUGGAAGAACUCAACUCGGCUGGCUGCAAGAACGCCUUGGCAGUCAAGUACUACCAGUCCCAGCUGUGCCAGGACAUGCUGGGCCAGCUGGACCUUGUGGACCGCAACGUCGCUGAUGGCAUCAUAGGUCACCAAAAGACUGCUCGUUAUGCUACUUCUUUCCUUUACCAGUUGCGCGUGGUGUGUGGCAGGACGGUCGUGAACACGCUGAGGAAUCCGCAGACGUCUUACGCCCAGUUGGCUCUCAACGUCUUCUUUGCCAUCCUGGUGGGCCUUAUUUAUUACCAAAUGCCCUUAACCCUGCCUGAAGCUUUACAGAACAGGAGCGGAGCUUUCUUCUUCCUCAUCAUCAACAUGGUGUUUGGCAACCUCUCAGCCGUCGAGCUCUUUAUCAACGAGAGAGCCAUCUUCAUCCAUGAGAACUCCGGCGGCUACUACCGCACGUCCGUCUACUUCCUGUCCAAGGUUUUUGCUGACCUCAUCCCCAACCGCAUCAUUCCCAUCUUUUUGUUUUCGGCCAUCGCCUACUACAUGAUGGGCCUGAAGCCGGCCUUGGCUGCCUUCCUGUGCUUCGCUCUGACCAUGUCCCUGGUCAGCCUGGCGGGGGUCGGCCUGGCCUUCCUGGUGUCCGCCAGCGUGUCGUCCUUCGCCAUGGCCAACAUCCUCAUAGCGCUGCCCUUCGUCUUCAUGAUGGUGUUCGGCGGCUACCUGGUCAACCUCAACGCCAUGCUCAGCUGGCUGUCCUGGCUCAAGUGGGUCAGCAUCUUCCGAUACGGACUGAACGCCGCGUUCAUCAACGAGAUGGCGGGACAGCUGUUCUACUUCAACGCCACCGUGAUCCCGGGCGAGCUGUUCCUCCGGAGCCAAGACAUGGACUACUCGACGUGGGGGUUCUGGCAGAACCACGUGGCCUUGCUGGGGAUCGUCCUGGUCUGCAUGCUCCUGGCCUACGUCCAGCUGCUCAGGAUCAACCGGUGGAAGUGACUUUUGUCCCGUUUCAUGUGUCAGGUAAACGGCGAAGAAUGUGGCCAUUUGAAUUCCCUUCCUACUGUAAAUGGGGGAAAAUAAUUGACGGUAAAACCAUUUUAUUACAGUAAAAUCUAAGGCUUUAGUUACUUUUUUACUGUAAAAAAAAAAACUGCUGUUUGUUUGUUUUUACGGUAAAAUUCGGAUGAUUAACAGAUGUUUUUACCGUGAAAUCUAGAGAUGCUCUUGCAGUGAAAUGCUGGAAUUGUAAAAACUGUAUUUGGUCACGUUUCAUGUGUCAGGUAAACCGCGACGAAUCCCCUUCCUACUGUAAAUGGAGAAAAACAAUUUCUUUACAGUAAAACUGAGUAUUACCGUAAACUCGACGGCUGUUGUUUUUUACUGUAAAAAAAACAAAAAAACGGUGCCGCUGUUUUUUUCCGGUACAAUCCUGAUGUUGAGCAGCUGUUUUUUUUUAAUUUAC